CAUUAUGUUCUUCUAUAUAGCUUCAUGUCAGAGUCUCCCUCAGCCCACUUGGAACAAGAAAAUAAAUUAGCCCUCUUGUUUUCUCCCCAUUAUUUGAAAUAAUAAUCUGGGAAAAUGAGGAAGCCUGGAGAUCAAAUGGGGAAGGAAAAAUUGAAUAACAUUAAGGCUAAAUUGAGGAAGGGAUUGUGGUCGCCUGAAGAGGAUGAGAAACUAAUGAAUUACAUGUUGACAAAUGGACAAGGUUGCUGGAGUGAUAUUGCGAGAAAUGCCGGAUUGCAGAGGUGCGGGAAGAGUUGCAGGCUUCGAUGGAUUAAUUAUUUGAGACCUGACCUUAAACGUGGCGCGUUUUCUCCUCAGGAAGAAGAACUUAUCAUUCAUUUGCAUUCCAUUCUUGGCAACAGGUGGUCUCAAAUUGCGGCACGUCUACCAGGAAGGACGGACAAUGAAAUAAAGAAUUUUUGGAAUUCCACAGUGAAGAAGAGGUUGAAAAAUAAUAAAAAUAAUUCAACAUCCUCCCAAAACAUGAACAGUGACUCAAUAUCAGAGCCUAUGGAUGCUGCCAUGCAAGGACUAAUGCCCAUGCACGAAUACAAUGUUACAGCAAUGUACAUGGAUUCAUCGUCUUCUUCAUCUUCUUCCAUGGAAGCCAUGGUUAGGAACAGCCAGUUCAACCCUUUUCCUCUAAUGGACGACAAAUUCGACCUCAUAAAUGGUACGGUAGCCGGUUCGUUCGAUUUCUCGACGUGCUUAGAACAAGUUGAUAUGUCAAAUAGGGGAUUUGAGCAGGACUAUGGAGUCAUGGAACCUUAUGUUAUGGGAUUAGAAAAUGACCUUUCUGUCCCUGCAUUAGAGGGUAAAGGGACUGAGCCUAAUAAUGCUGUAUAUGACUAUACUUUUGACACCAAUGGGAACAUCAACGGCCAAUUGAAUAAUAGUACUGAAAGCAUCAAAGUUGAAGACAUCGUGGGGAUUGAAAAUCAUUGGCAAGGAGAUAGCUUCAAAAUGGGAGAAUUAGAUUGGGAGGGUUUGUUGGCAAAUGUCUCCUCCUUACCUUACCUUGAUUUCCAAGUUGAAUAAUCUCUCUCUCUCUCUCUCUCUCUCUCUCUCUCUCUCUCUCUCUCUCACUAUUCCCCUAUAUUUUCUGCCUCUUUCUUGCUCUCUCUUACACUGUAAUCUUGAUACUUUCCGUUACCAUUUUUCUUGGAACAUUUUGAGUUAUAGAUCUUGAAAAUACUCAAUUUUUCGAAUUUAGAAUACACUGUGUAUUGCAAAUUUCCUUCGUCUCGAUCCCGUGAAAUAAAUUCUUAGUGAUGUUAGGUGGAAGUGCAUUUGAAGGGCAGAGACAUCCAGUCAAUCACUUUCUGGUAACUAAAAUGAAUAAUCUUUCUUGUGAAGCAAAAUGUGCAUAGUGAAUGGCAGUUGAGGCGAAGAAAAAAUAAAGAGUCAUCUGAUCAAUUGUAUAUGUAGGCUUAUGCAUAUGUGAGAUGAAAUAAUAUGUGAAAUGACAAUACUUUUAGUAGGAGAUGUACUUACAAACAGAAGUUGUUAGUACUGG